AUGGCUCAUACAACCGACUCCUCGUUCUCCGAGAAGCAAGAUGAAAAUCAGAGUGCCGACAAAAGUCUCAGUAAACAAUUAAAGCACAACAAAGCCGAAGGCGGAAAAGACGCCCACGCCAGACAUGCUCACGACGAACACGCCCUCGAUUCACAGCGUACCAGUCAAGAUGAUUUACCAAAAGUUGAAAAAGGUGGUAAGCGCGAGCUGUUGGAAGAUGACUGCUAUGACGCCUUAGGCUUCUGCUUUCCAUCAUGGAAGAAAUGGACCAUCCUAUCAGUCAUCUUCGUAGUCCAGAUGUCGAUGAAUUUCAACACAGGCGUCUAUUCUAAUGCAGUGACCGGUCUCACCGAGGAGUUUGGGAUCAGCGAGCAGGCCGCUCGAGUUGGACAGUGUGUCUUCCUCGUUGCAUAUGCAUUCGGCUGCGAGCUCUGGGCUCCGUGGAGUGAAGAGUUUGGCCGUUGGCCUAUCAUGCAGCUGUCAUUGUUCUUGGUCAAUAUCUGGCAGAUCCCAUGUGCCUUGGCCCCCAAUUUUGGCACUAUUGUCGUAUGCCGCAUCCUUGGAGGGCUCAGCUCGGCUGGUGGUUCUGUGACCCUCGGUAUGACUGCUGAUAUGUGGGAGGCCGAUGACCAAGGCUUUGCCGUGGCAUAUGUCGUACUCUCAUCCGUGGGCGGCUCAACUAUCGGUCCUGUGUUUGGUGGGUUUAUCGGCCAGUAUCUCUCCUGGCAUUGGGUUUUCUGGAUCCAGUUAAUCUUUGGUGGAGUUACCCAAAUUUUGCACUUCUUCUUUGUCCCAGAGACACGGGCUACGAUACUCGUCGAUAGAGAGGCUAAGCGGCGCCGUAAGAAUGGCGAGGAUGUCUGGGGCCCUAACGAGUUGAAGACACAGCGUCUGAACUUUAAGGAAGUCCUCCAAAUCUGGCGCCGACCCUUUGAGAUGUUCCUACGCGAGCCAAUUGUACUGUUCCUGUCUCUUCUGUCGGGUUUCUCCGAUGCACUCAUCUUCGUGUUCACCGAGUCAUUCACUCUGGUCUUUAAGCAAUGGAACAUGAAUACCAUGGAAAUCGGAUUGACUUUCUGCGCUAUUCUGGUCGGAUACAUGCUCGCUUACUUUGUUUUCCUGCCUGAUGUCUGGCGCCAGAUGAAACUUCGCAAGGUACAUGGAGCCGGAAGCAGACUCGCCGAGCGCCGGCUGCUCCUUCUUCUCUUCAUCGCUCCCCUGGAACCGAUUGGUCUACUAGGCUUCGCCUGGACAUCCAUGGGUCCUCCUAUCCCCUGGAUCGCACCUUGCAUCUUCGCUUGUCUUAUCGCAAUCGCAAACUACGCCAUCUAUAUGGCCACGAUAGACUACAUGGUUGCCGCAUAUGGCCCCUACUCUGCUUCUGCGACUGGUGGCAACGGCUUUGCUCGAGACUUCUUGGCUGGAAUUGCUACCAUGUACGCCACGCCUAUGUACGAGAACAUGGGAAAUAAGUACCACCUCCAGUGGGCGAGCACAUUUCUCGGUUGCGUGGGUUUCCUGGUUUUGAUACCAAUCUAUGUCUUUUAUUGGAAGGGUCCGGAUAUUCGGGCAAAGAGCAAGUUCGCACAACAGCUUGAGGCUGAUCGAUUUAGACAGCAGGAUAAUCGACGUCCUAGCGAGCCCCGACGAGUAAGUUACUUGCGUGAAGAUGAGGAUCCAUAUGCAUAA